CAGUGGCGGCGGCAGUGGCGGCGGCAGCGCGGCGACUGGAGCGCGCAAGACCGGCGGCAGCGUGGGGGACGGCUGCGCGGGACGGGACUGUAGGAAGGAACGUGGUUCCCCCUCCCUCAGCUCCUGCCCCGAAAGGUUCAAAAUGGAUAGUAUAGAAGAACCUCAGAAAAAAGUCUUUAAGGCUCGUAAAACCAUGAGAGUGAGUGAUCGUCAGCAACUGGACACAGUGUACAAGGUCAAAGAAGAACUGUUGAGAACUGAUGUCAAGCUGCUGAAUGGCAACCAUGAAAACGGAGACUUGGACCCAUCCUCACCUUUGGAAAACGCAGAUUACAAGGAAGAAGUAAAUGGUGUUGAAGAUACUUGUUUUGAUACUGAAGAAAGUAAGGCAGAGUGGAAGGAAACUCCAUGCAUUCUAAAUGUUAAUGUAAAAAACAAACAGGACAAUGAUUUAAGUUGUGAACUCUUGUCUUCUAAUAAUGCAAUUCUUGAGCCAGCUUCUAAUCUCACCAAUGAACUAACAUCUGAUGACCCAGCCUCUACUGAGCUGACUGCUGGUGAUUCAGCUGCCGGCGAGGCCCCCUCUGGUGAUUCCAAACCUGGUGAUCCUGUUUGUGGUGAGACUGCUCCCAGUGAUCCCUCCCGUGGAGAUCCUGCCCCUGGUGAUCCCACCUCUGGUGACCCCUUGUCGGGUGAGCCGGUUAAACCAGCCUCUGUUGAACCUGACCCUGGUGAGCCAGUCUCUGGUAAACUGGCCACUGGGGAUUGUACCUCUGGUGAGCCAGUCUCUGGAGAUCCAGCUGUUGGGAAACCUGCCACUGAUGAUCAGGCCUCUGGGGAGCCAGCCUCAAGUGACCUGGUCUCAAGUGACAUGUCCCCUGCUGAUGAGGCCUCCAGUGGACUGGCCAAGGGUGAACUGGUCUUAGGUGACCCAGCCUCUAGUGAGCCAGCCUCCUGUGAACUGCCCUCGAGUGGACUGACUGCUGAACCAGCUCUUGAUUCCAACUUGGACCCAAGCUCUGUACCAGUUUGUGAACCAUUUCCUGAAACGGACAGUACAGAGCCGAACAGCAAUAAAGAUGAUUUUCUUGAAAAAGAUAAGUAUGAUGAAAAGUUAGAUCAAAUUCCGAGUAAGGACUCAUUUGAUGAAAAAAGCAAAGCUGAUAGUAAUACUGAUGCUGAUGAUGAAACUCUAGAAGCAGAAGACACCAUUAUUUGUUCAAAUCUACCUCCUGAAAAUGAAAAGAAGGUGGAGGGAGGUGCUUUUACAGAGCUCUCUCUCGGAGAAGAGACUAUAUCUAGCAGUAUGGAAAUUGACCAGGGUGAAAAAAAUGAUGAUGAAAACUCUGCAAACCUUAUAGAAGCUGUUAGUGAAAAUGUUAUGAAAGAUGGCAAAAAUGAGAGUAUUUUAGAAAAUACAGACUCUAUGGAGACAGAUGAAAUCAUUCCUAUUUUAGAAAAGCUUGCACCUGCUGAGGAUGAACUUACUUGCUUUUCUAAAACUUCUCUCCUUCCAAUUGAUGAGACAAAUACAGAUUUGGAAGACAAAAUGGAAGGUUCUUUUGGUUCCCCAUCCAAGCAAGAAAGUAGUGAGAGUUUGCCAAAAGAAGCCUUUUUGGUCCUCUCUGAUGAGGAAGAUAUUUCAGGUGAAAAAGACGAGUCUGAAGUUAUAUCACAAAAUGAAGCAUGCUCUCCAGCAGAAAUAGAAAGUAAUGAAAAAGACAGCAAACCUGAGGAGGAAGACGAGCAAGUAAUAAAUGAAGAAGAUGAAAAGCCUUCUGAGAAAAAUGAUUUUUCCAGAAGAAAACGUUCUAAAUCAGAGGACAUGGAUAAUGUGCAGUCCAAACGUCGCCGAUAUAUGGAAGAAGAAUACGAGGCAGAGUUCCAAGUCAAGAUUACGGCCAAAGGAGACAUCAACCAGAAACUUCAAAAGGUUAUACAAUGGUUAUUGGAAGAAAAGUUGUGUGCACUACAGUGUGCUGUGUUUGAUAAGACUUUGGCAGAAUUGAAAACUCGAGUGGAAAAAAUUGAAUGUAACAAGAGGCAUAAGACAGUUCUUACUGAACUACAGGCCAAGAUAGCAAGGUUAACCAAACGCUUUGGAGCAGCCAAAGAAGAUCUUAAGAAAAGACAAGAAAAUCCACCAAAUCCACCCGUCUCACCAGGAAAGUCUGCAAAUGAUGCCAACAGCAAUAAUAAUAUGCCCUACAGGAAUGCGAGCACAGUGAGACAGAUGCUGGAGUCCAAGAGAAAUGCAAGUGAGAGUGCACCACCAUCUUUUCAAGCUCCUGUGAAUUCAGUAUCUUCAAGCAACCUCGUCACUCCGCCAACAGUUGUCAGUAGUCAACCUAAACUGCAGACUCCAGCAACUUCGGGUUCUCUGACUGCAAAUUCAGUUCUUCCUGCACCCAAUACAGCUACAGUUGUUGCUUCUACUCAGGUGCCUAGUGGAAAUCCUCAGCCUACAAUCUCUUUACAAUCUUUGCCAGUGAUUCUGCAUGUUCCUGUGGCGGUGUCCUCCCAGCCUCAGCUCCUGCAGAGCCACACGGGGACUUUAGUGACCAAUCAACCAUCGGGCAACGUUGAAUUCAUUUCUGUGCAGAGCCCACCUACAGUGAGUGGUCUUACCAAAAAUCCAGUAUCCCUGCCAUCCUUGCCAAAUCCCACAAAACCAAACAAUAUUGCGUCUGUACCCAGUCCUAGUAUUCAAAGGAACUCUCCUGCCAGUGCUGCACCACUAGGGACAACGCUUGCUGUGCAGGCUGUGCCAACAGCACACUCUAUUGUACAAGCCACAAGGACUUCAUUACCCGCUGUGGGACCGUCAGGACUUUAUAAUCCAUCCAACAAUCGAGGUCCUAUACAGAUGAAAAUACCAAUUUCGGCUUUUAGUACUUCAUCUCCUGCAGAACAGAGCAGCACUACUGCCCCAAGAGUUGAAAACCAGACAAGCAAAAUAAUGGAAGCUUCUGUUAAUAAGAAGGCAGCUGAUAGCACCUCACAGAGUGGUAAAGCAACGAGCAGUGAUUCAAGUGGUGUGAUUGACCUCACAAUGGAUGACGAAGAGAGUGCAGUGUCACAAGAACCCAAGAAGCUGAGUCAUGCCCCUGUGUCCACCCUGAGUUCUUGCCCGCCUCUGUCCAGGCCGUUGCAGCCCAUCCAGCCAGCGCCACCUCUUCAGCCAUCCGGGGUGCCCACGAGUGGACCAUCUCAAACCACAAUACACUUACUACCUACAGCUCCAACCACCGUGAAUGUAACACAUCGUCCAGCAACUCAGGUGACCACAAGACUCCCAGUACCAAGAGCUCCUGGAAACCAUCAAGUGGUUUAUACUACAAUUCCAGCCCCACCAGCUCAGGCCCCUCUGCGAGGAGCUGUUGUGCAGGCUCCUGCUGUUAGGCAGCUCAAUCCCCAAACUAGUGUUACAGUUCGAGUGCCUCAAACCACCACCUACGUUGUCAACAGUGGACUGACCCUGGGAUCUACAGGGCCUCAGCUCACAGUGCAUCACCGGCCGCCGCAAGUGCAUACCGAGCCCCCACGACCUGUGCACCCAGCACCCUUACCAGAAGCCCCACAGCCACAGCGUCUGCCCCCAGAAGCUGCCAGCACAUCUCUGCCUCAGAAGCCACACUUGAAGCUAGCCCGGGUUCAGAGUCAGAAUGGCAUCGUGCUGUCGUGGAGUGUCCUGGAGGUGGAUCGCAGCUGUGCCACUGUGGACAGCUACCAUCUCUACGCUUACCACGAGGAGCCCAGUGCCACCGUGCCCUCCCAGUGGAAAAAGAUCGGGGAGGUGAAAGCACUUCCCUUGCCCAUGGCAUGCACUCUGACCCAGUUUGUCUCUGGCAGCAAGUACUACUUCGCAGUACGAGCCAAGGACAUUUAUGGACGCUUCGGACCAUUCUGUGAUCCACAGUCAACGGAUGUGAUCUCUUCUUCCCAGAGCAGUUAAACCUUGGAGCCUUUCUCUCUCCUGUGUUUUUUUUGUUUGUUUGUUUUGGUUUUUUUUGUUUUGGUCUUGUUUUUAAUCUUGUGCAUGAUACCCAAUGUAAAAUCCACAUUGUGCAAGACUUCCUGGACAGAUGUAUGUAUACACUACAUUUGUUUAUAACCAGAAGUGAAAUAAACUCAGCCCAUAAAGCAAGAAUCUUCCCGGACAAUUCAAGCUUCAGGGUUUCGAGAUGUAAAUGUGUACCUUGCUUUAGUUUUGAAGUUGGGGAAUAUGUGUUGGUGUUCUGUGUUUUUUCUCUGUUUAUGUGUUUAUUGCAAUGGAGUUUCCCAUUUUCAUGCUCAAAUUUACCUUUCUUCCAGUGUGAAGUAAGUGGAUCACAGGAUCUGAGGUAUAUAACUAGCAUGAUUUUACUGCUAAAGGAUGUGUAGGGUCAUGAUUUAAGCAGAAUCUAAAAAAAAAAAUCCAAAGAAAAAAGCCAAUAGUUAAGUAGGCUAAUUUGAACACAGCAGAGGAUAUCUAUUCAUCUUAUAUUUCUUUUUCUAGCUUUUUAAUUAGUAAACUAAGAUCUGCAGUAGCUCUUCCCUUUUCUAAUCUUUUUUUUUUUUUUUUUUACAUUUAUUUUGUGCCUUAAAGAUUAACUACAAAAUUAAACAUGGCCAUAUUUUUUCCCAUUUCUCCAUUAUCUUUACCAAAUAGAGCACACACAAACUCAAGACAUUUUUCAGCCAAGGCCUUCAUAUAUAAACCUUCGUGUGUAUACAUAAAAAUUUUAGAUUCUGUUUCUUCUAAGAAUUAUAGCUGCUUUUUUUGGUCAUUGUUUAAUUCUGUAUUACAGUGGACCAAGGUAAAACCAUGUUAUGUAAGAAAUUUUCUAUCAUACUUUGUACCAUGUUGCACAUUAUGUUGAGAUUAUAUGAAAGCAGGUCUUGUUCACUUUAUCACCCAGAACUUAGUAAACUUCACAAAAUACAGUUAGCUGAAAUAUCAAGGGGGAAGCUCCUUUUCCUCUAUUUUGUCAUCUUUUUUGUCUUGAUGGUGCCAAGUUGAGCCUGAGUUGACAGCCUUGGAUAGAAUUUAAAGUCCAUCUUUUGGGAUUAUUUUUAUAUAACAGGUACAUCACCUUGUGUAUCUCCAUUCCUCUCAAAGUUAAUAAAUUCAGCACAGGUUAUGGAUUUUCAGUAUGAGUGUGAGCCGUACUGGUCUCAGAUUGGUACUCUGAAUGUAGACAGUGUCAGAACUGCAAAGCUGUUAAGUUUGAGAGAUGGAGAUGAGAGUGUUGUUAGGGCUGUCUGAAAGAAAUUAAUGGGGUUUAUGAAAGAAUUUUUCAGUGCAUCUUCCUUUAUAAUGUUUCAGUUCAUGUUUUUACAUUUUCAAGAUAAAUUGGGUAUCUUUCUCAUAAGGGGGCAGCUGUCUCUUUUAUUAGUACUGUUUUAUCUGCUUGGGAAAAAAAUGUUCUUUAGAAAGUUUUCAAUGGCCAGUGUGGAUUUGGGGAUGAUUGAUAAUGCAGAGAGCCCAGAAACAGCCAAAAGUGCAUAUGCUGCCAGCCUUCCUUUCACACGAAGAUCGUGCUGGAAAUUCAGGUUGUCCAUUUAGUAGUCAUUAAUGCAGACUUCCACAUUCUAGAACUAAUGCUGAUACUAAAGAAGCUGCCAAUGCUGUGACAGAAUUUCAAAAAGGAAAAAUGAGUGGUCUUGUGGAUGGGCCUGAACGCCUGUGUCCACACUGGCAGCAUCAAGUGUUUGAAAAGACACCUAGCUACAGAAAAGCAAGCCCACAUUCCACAUUGAGUUUUAUUGGUGGAUUUUAUGUCAUGUGGUAAGAGUUUAUCUACCCACCCUACAAAACUUUGCCUUGAUAGUAUUUUCACUAUAUAAACUAAUCUUUUUUUCUUUCCCUUUUAUAGGGUUGUUAGACCAUGUCAUCAUUGUAGUUUGUGAGCCUUCUGUCAAAGGAAAAAUGAAUUCUCAAAUAGUAACCCUAUAAGGUUUACUACAAUAACAUAAUUACAAAAAGGGAAUGUAAUCAUGUAAUGAAAAAGAAUAUAUAAGAUGGUGUCCUCAGAUAACCUGCUUUGGAAUAUGUGGCCAAUAACCAUUGUUGGAAUUACUCAAAGGUGCUAGGCUGGAAUGCUAGGUUGGCUUUUCUUUGGAGUAAGUUUUAAUGUUAGUGUGUGCGUUUUAUCUGUUUUGCUUCUUCCGAAAGAGAGAUUGGAGGAUUCAGUUAAAAAUAGCUACUGAUGACAUUUUAGUAGCAGUUCACACUCCACGAUUAGGUUUUGUUUGGCUCACGGCAUCAUUUCAUGAAGUAUUACAAAUAAGCUCAACUAUCCCAUUUUGGGAAUGCAAGUUUGCUACAUGUAUAGCCUGACAAUACUUGUGUAGGUAUUGCCUUAUUGGAAAUCCUGGAAACUUCUGAUACUUCAGCUUGAAAUGCUUAAUACGGCAUUUAAAGGUAACAGUCAUGUUUGUUGCUCUCUACUUUGCACUUUGCCAGAGAAAUUUUCACCGUGUUUUCGGUGUAAGCUUCUUUUUUUAAGAUAAUGUUCUUAUUAGUAGAGCUAUAGAUUGCAGUUGAACUUCAUGAGGUAAUUUUUCUCUGGACUCCCUUUUAAAAUAUGCACAAGACUGUGCACUGUUGAGCACAGUGUAUAAUUUUAUGAGAGAAGUGGAGAGCUUUCCUUCCUAAGAAUAUUGGGGUACCAUUUGCCUCCCAGAGAGGUGGUCCCCACACCCUCUCCCCCUGGCCAGGAGGGAAGGACCUUGAACACAGGGACCGACACAGAAGCUUAGGCUGGGAGGGUGUGCCUCUCUGCACAAGUCUUCAGGCAGACUGUACCACACAACAUUGGAGAAGUGUUAACUUAGUAUUUGUUUUUUGCUCUCUUGCUUUAAAUAUUUUCCAAAUUGUCAUUUAUUCGGCAGCGCUAGUAUUACUGUUGCAUGAUAUGCACUUAUCUUGUCCUUUAAGUUUUCAGUACUGUACAUGAUCAGCAAAAUAAUACCUGUGGUAUCCUCACCUGGCACAGCAGGGUACUGCAAAGCCUGAAUGUGCUCCCGACUGAGCUGAGGCCGGUUUGGUAUCCUCAGUGUUCCAGGGUGUUCUUUGUUUGUUGUUAUUUUCUCGUUUGCCCAUGGCUGAUCUUUGAUUUGCAGAGACACCAUAGCCCAGUAAUAUAUUAUUAUGGAUAAUUCUGUCUAAAACUAGUAUAUGAUUCUGUCUUCUUCUCUUUUUACUGGGCAGUUUUCUUUUUCCUUUAUUAAACUUUGAUACACACACCCAAAAAGCAGAGUAAGUCUCCUGUGGCUUUCCUUAGCAUGUUAGAUUUAUAUAAUUCCACAAAGUCAUCCCUCCCCUUGAGCCAGCCAGUAGGGAGGAACAGAAUAAUACAAAUCCAUCUGUCUUCUCUUCUUCAAAUAACUUCAUCAUGUUCAAAUAAGCUUUUGUUUAUUUGUAGUAUCAAGUGAGUUUACUCAUCAUUUGUAUUUAAAUGUUAUCCUUUUGUUGAUUGAGGGUUUUUCUUUUCUCUCUCUUUUUUUUUUUUGGUGUUUUUAUUUCUGUAAAUAGGGUAACUGGGCAAUCAAACACAUUUUGGGGAUCCUGGCCUUAGUAUUUUAUUAGUCACUUCAAAACUAAAUAUUAAAAUAAGCCCUUUGUAGGAAACUUGCAUCCUGAUUUUUCUUUAUUGCAAAGUGUAAAUACUAAGACAAUGUAUAAGGCCUUCCUAAUGUCUAAUAUAAACUGGGCACGUUGUCCUAUUUUUAUUAGGUUUUGAAGGUUUUUGUGGGUAAUUUUUUUUUCUUUUUUUAAUGUAUAGUAGAGUGGCGUCUGUGUAACUGUUAACUGUAGUGGGGUUUUGUCCAGCAAGCCUGAAAUUUAUACUUUGAAAUAAAGAACUGGGUUUUUAA